CUGCCGGGAGAGUGCGGCGCCGUGUCUAAGAGAAAGGAUGUGAGUGGAUUAGUCACCGAAUCCCCCAGCCCCCAUCAUUCUUCCAGUCUUGACGCUAACGGUUAGCUGCUCUUUAUUAUUUUCUCCGAGCCAGAUCUGACUUGUGAUCGAAACAGCAUCGGCAGCUCAGCCUCCUCCUGCCGUCCCUCCCGGGCCGGCGCCUUGCUCCGAGGCUCAGAGAUGGGCUGCACCACCAGCCCCGUGUCCUGCCAGCCUCCACCGGCACCUGCGCCCGCCGGGCAAGAUGGCACGCCGCAAGAUGGCGCGCUCAAGGUACCGGUCAUCCCGUCCUCUCUGGAGAGACUGUCCCAGGCCACGGGCGGCAUGGAGAAGUCCUGGUAUCGCUGCAUCUUCCCCUUCGGCCUGAUCUCGCUGGUCAUCGGCGUGGCCACCACCGCCGUCACCUUCACGUACGACGCCCUGCCGCAGGUGCGUGUGAUGUCACUGGUGCUGCUGGGCGUAGGGUUCGGCCUUGGGCUGCUGGCCACCCUCUGCUGGGUGCUCCACAAGAAGAAACGCCGAAGAAAAAAAGAGGGACUCCCUCUGGACCCCGAGCAGAGCGCUCUGUGACCAGAGGAGCACAGGAGCAGCCUGAGGGGAGGCGCUGAUCUGCAGGAGCUCGAUCUGGCUCCUAAUGAGGAACCACCCUGAAGAGCAUGCAGGAGAAAUGGACAGAUUGGUGGCUAAAGAGUGAGAUGAGUAGCUUUCUGCUAUGGGGGGGGGGGGGGAGGUCCCAGUGAACUCUCACGCAGUCUGCGGUCAGCUGGCUGGCUUCACAUUUCAAAACAACGUCCCCGGCAUGAGGCGAGUGCGCGUACGCAUGCACACAGGCACGCAGUCACUGCCUGCUCAGCGCGGAACGCCACCGAUGUCGUUGGCACCGCCAACAGCCGCCGUCAGUGCUCGCAUUCCUGGGACAGGUGGACGCGGCUCAUUAUCGGAGAUGGGGGCCAGGAGACUGUAACCCGAAACCUGGAUGGGAGAGAGGCUUCCCCCACCCCCUCCUCCAGCGCCCGUCUGUGCAUUACGGCCAGGCUCUGGGCACCAGACCUCAGAGAUGCUGUCCGGCUCUGCUCCCACGGUGCCUGUCACGCUUUCUCUCUUGGCAUCGCUGCCCCAGCAAGGGAGACCCGUCCUUCUCCCCGGGCUGUGCCCGGCGCUCAUGUGGGCACGCGCCUCUGUUAGGCCACCCAGCGUCAGAGAUGCGGUUGAUGGGAAUUUGUGUGUCGGUCAUGGAUGGAUUGUUCCAGUGUCCCGGCGCCGAUGCUCACGUGCCGCGCAGCGCAGGCCAAGAUGCUCUCCACCUGCGAGAAACGCUCCGAGGGACAGCCUGCCAUGUGCACGGCACACCGCCCUCGUUCCCCGCUGUUCUCGUGCAACCUCCCUGCUGCUCGUGGAGAACUUGGAUUCCGUCUCGUGUUUUGCCAAAAUUGCUAUUUCCCAUGAAAUUUAGGACGGACUCUAACUUGGACAGUAAGCCCUUCACUCGCCGGGUUUAAUUGUGUCCCCCAGCCACACCCAGGUUUGUUAUCAUCAGUUAUUUCCUUCUCUCCGAUUCCCGUCCGCUGACCGAUGUAUCUGCAAGCCCGCGUCAGCAUCACCCCUCGUCUGUGUACAGUAUUUACUCCACAGCUCAUGAUUCCUACAGGCAGCAGGAAAUUCAGGAAAAUGGCAAGAAAACUGUGAUGUAAUCUGGAAUACUGUAAUUCCGCUGUAUUUCAUAUCGCUUUAGUAAAUAUAUAAUAUAUAAACAGUUGGUAAUAUCAGCAUUCCAUGUACAACCGCUUUUUUCCCGUUCUUAAAGUCAGCUAUAGAAGAACUGGAUCUACACCGUUUGAUUUACUGCAUUACAAGGAAUAAUUUAGUCCAACACUGUGAGGCCCAAUGUCUUCUGUUUGGUAACUGGGCAGAACUUCAGACACGUGUGGGUACACUCAACAUGCGUAUUAUGACAUGGCUCAAGCGGGAAAACAGCAUUUCUUAUCACAAACACAAAUCUAGUAAUGUGAUGUGGAGCACUCAUCUUAAGUUUACUAAAGUACAUUGUGAGGACAGACUACUCGUAACCUGAUAUUAUCUUAUUAAAAGUUAGGUGCCUUUCUGAUGUCAUACAAACCAAACCACUGUAAACACCACUAACGCUGGGAUCUACGGUUUCUCCUUGUCAACCUAACAGAUUCCUGCAUCGCAUUAGACACUGGACAUAUCACAAGACGCUUUGCCUCAACUCUCCAAAGACAACAGAAUGUUACAGCAUAGCAUAGGGAGGAAUUUCCAGCAUUUACAAAUGUUUACUUGACGGUAGAUAGGUACAGAUGUGCCUUUUUUCUGCCUUCUCGUCGCUGCCCAGAACCUUAAAUGGUGACACGGGAACCCUGAUGCAUUGUGCCCGAAGCAGCGGGGAGGGUAGCGCGUAGUCUUGUACUUUCAUUGAGAAAACCUGGAAUAUGGCCGCCGCUACACAACUUACGCAUGCAUGUGCGCUCAUGUAACCCGCAUCGCUUAUACAGCUUGCUGUACCUGUAUUCGUUAGAAUUUCGACUUAAUGAAACAUGAAUUGGCGAUGUGCAGUAUACACAUUCUGAUUAAAAAAAGAGGGAAUAAGAGAGGGUACCUAUUUCCCCAUGGCACCGCGUUUUAUACGAAGACUCCUUAUUGUACCUGGUGACAAAUAUAUGCGCCUCCGUCUGUAACUUAUAUGCUGCUGUAUAUAAAACAGUAUUUAUAUAUUUAUACUUUCAUCUGACGUAUUUUCAAAGCUGUAUUAAACUUAAGAUUAAUACGA